UACUGGCAGGUUGGGGAAGUUGUGAAGAUGAUGGAGAGUGAACUUGGAAGUGGAUGGAUUAUGCACAAGUUGUGUAAGGUGUAUCUGUUCAUUUUGUCCCAAAGGAUUGUUGGGUGUCUAGUUGCAGAGCCAAUAAAAGAAGCACACAAAGUCCUCUCAUGUGCAGUUAAUGGAAGUUCUGAUGGUACUACUACAAAUGAACCAAAACUAACCACUCUCCAAUUUGGGGAUAUCAGAUUUCAAAGGGAAGUCAUGAGAAAAGCCCCUUCUGUUCCUGAAGCUUUGAACGAGAAUCUCAACGGUGCUAUAUUUUGUGAAGAGGAAGCAGUGCCUGCUGUCUGCGGCAUCAGAGCCAUUUGGGUCACUCAAGCUAACAGAAGAAAACACAUAGCCACCCAGUUACUGGAUGCCCUGAGGAAAAGUUUCUGCAUGGGAUUUGUCCUUGAACACUCUCAAUUGGCAUUCUCUCAACCAACAUCAGCUGGAAAGGCUUUGGCA